ACUGGGCAUCCACCCUUGCUCACACACUCUCAUGACACCAUUCGAUGCCACCAGGCUGCUCGCAUAGGAUAUAGGAAGAAUGUUCAGAUGUUCCCACGAGAGCAACAUGAGGGUGUGCAGAUGGGGAUCAGUGGAACUACACCUGCAGGAGAAACUAGCUGAGGACUCUUUCCUGUAAAGCUGAGCUCCUACAGAUAAUACAGUGUUCUGACCCUGACUGUUUAUAGCAUAUACUUUUUUUAAUUUUUCUGGAGGUCGUGUUUUAAUGACUAAGCGUCCUUGAAAAAUAAGAAGCCAUGUCGACUGAUCAAGCUUUUCACCAAAGCGGUGUCUACAACUAUUUCCUGAACAUGGUGGCUUAUCAGAUAUGCUGCUGCUGUGGCCCGGCACCAUGUUCCCUGUGCUGCUCCUUCUGUCCGCCCGUCAAAUCAUCAACCAGCACGCGGAUCAUGUACACGCUAUUCCACAUCCUGGCCUGCACUGUCUCAUGCCUCAUGCUGUCUAAGACCGUGUCAGAGGCAGUGAGGGAGAAUGUGCCUUUCUUUAAUGUGGUGUGUGAUGAGGCUCAUGGUGGAGGAGACUGUCAGAUGCUGGUGGGCUACUCUGCUGUCUACAGGGUGUGUUUCGGCACAGCUUGUUUCUACUUGAUGAUGGCUAUCUUCCACAUUGAUGUGAAGUCUAGUCAGGAUUUCCGAGCCCUCAUUCAUAAUGGGUUUUGGUUUCUGAAGUUCAUCACCAUGCUUGGAAUGAUUGCUGCUGCCUUCUUUAUUCCCACAGAAUCCUUUUUGCAUGUGGAGUAUCAAGGGGUCAACAUGACGGUGUGCUACCCCAAAGUCAGCAGGGAUGAGAUUCAGAAUGAAGGCAAUGCAGUGGCCAUUAUUGGGGCUGCAAUCAUGUACUGCUGUGUUCUCUUCGCAUGCAAUGAGGCUUCAUACUUAGCUGAGGUCUUUGGACCUUUCUGGAUGAUAAAAGUUUACCGCUAUGAGUUCCAGAAAGCCUCCUGUUGCUUCUGCUGCCCAGAGCCCGAAGAUGAGGAAGAGUUCGUCAUUGACGAGAACAAAGGCUGUCAGAAAGUCAUCCACAGUGAGUCCCAUCGCGUCGCCUACAGCUACUUUUUCUUCCAUUUUGUUUUCUUUUUGGCUUCCCUCUACGUAAUGAUGACCCUCACUAACUGGUUCAGGACUGAAGUGCACCCUGAGGCAUGCUGGGAGUUUAAUCCCAUCUCAGAGGAAUUCUCUCAGACACAUAACACACAGUAUCCACAGACCUCUAAAGCAUCUCUAAAUCAGCAGCAAUGGGCUCAAGAAAUCCUAAAUGAAGCGUGCAAAUGUGACACUAAAUUGGAGUAUCAGGGGCUCAACAUGACGGUGUGCUACCCUAAAGUCAGCAGGGAUGAGAUUCAAAAUGAAGGCAAUGCUGUGGCCAUUAUUGGGGCUGCAAUCAUGUACUGCUGUGUUCUCUUUGCAUGUAAUGAGGCUUCAUAUUUAGCUGAGGUCUUUGGACCUUUCUGGAUGAUAAAGGUUUACCGCUAUGAGUUUCAGAAAGCCUCCUGUUGCUUCUGCUACCCAGAGGCUGAAGAUGAGGAAGAGUUUGUCAUUGACGAGAAUAAAGGCUGUCAGAAAGUCAUCCACAAUGAAACCCAGCGCGUUGCCUACAGCUACUUUUUCUUCCAUUUUGUUUUCUUUCUGGCUUCCCUCUACGUAAUGAUGACCCUCACUAAUUGGUUUAGUUAUGAGACUGCUGUGCUGGAGACCACCUUCACCCAUGGGAGUUACUCCACAUUCUGGGUCAAGCUGUCCUCCUGCUGGGCAUGUGUGGUUCUGUAUCUGUGGCUCCUCCUGGGUCCCCUGUGCCACUGCCAGUCUGAUCACAAACAACCUCGCCGCGCUCGCAUCAAGAGACGGGCUGCCUCCCACCGCCACGUUAGCGUUAGCGUGUGAAUUACAGACUGUUCAUCAGUGUCAAAGACAUUGGGGCUGGGUGCACGUUACUGGAGAUUUCCACCGCAAAGGAAAUGAGUCACGGUGGA